UUUCUUUCUCGGAGUGGCGAGUGCUAUGGACAUGCAUUAUGCCACAUCGACACGUGAAAUGGCAUCCCUGCUACAAAUAGAGGACGAACUUAUAGGACAUAUGCGUCAGUAUGCAAGGGAAUUGCAGCUUAAAGUAAAUACAAUGCGGACUUUUCAGAAAGAAUGGAAGACGAGGAGAGAGCAAGGGCCUGCAGAUCCUACGACCUAUGUGGCCAAUCCCCUCAUAAGUUUUCCUCUCAUGCGACGGAUGUACACAGAUGCUCCAAAGUUGAUGGAGUUUGCUCGACAGGAGCUAGGCCAGGGUCCUCUUCAAAAAUUAUUAGAAAGGGAUUUGACUAGUAUUUCAGCACUGGAAAUGCAUAUGGCUGCAACUGGCUUAAUUCGCUUUCAGGGCGUUUAUGGCCUAGAAGCAAGCGAAAUGGCCAAUGGAAAACUAUAUGGUACACAGUACAACUCCACGCUGAGUUCCGCAGAUUGCUUCGCUUUGGGUACUCAUUUAGAGAGGCUGCAAAAAGGUAAACUGGCCUGCAAAUGGCUGAUUGUGUCCGUGGAUCAGUAUAAUGAUCAAUUGGAUCCUGUAAAUAGGUUACUUCUAGCAGGUCGUUCUCAAAUCUAUGAGAAAUUAGGCCUAACUUUGCUUUCUAUGCAUGAUUUACCAGCUAGUCAAGCUGCCCUGAAAUUGUCAGUAGCGUGUGCCUCCAAGGAUGACAAUACUAAGCUGGCCAAUCACUUGAUUGAUAACUUGGCUCACAUGCUUGUGCACGUGGACAACUGUCGUGGAAAAAACCCUCUUUCGAGGAACUCCUCCCUUCGUUGUAGUUAUUUUACAGAAAGUGACCCAUUUCUUCGCCUAGCUCCUUUGAAGCUUGAACAACUUAACCAUGAGCCUUUCAUUGCCCUAUAUCAUGAUGUCGUAUUAAAAGAAGAACAGGAGGAUUUAUUAUACCAUACACGAUCCAGGUUAGAGCAGAGGCAGGUAGAUCCGGCUGGCGUUGAGGCCGAAGUGGAGGCCAAUGCCUCUGAUCAUGUAAGGCGACUUCACCGAAGGAUUGAAGAUAUGACAGGAUUCGACUUGGAAGAUAGCAAACCUCUGACAGUUUUCAACUAUGGCAUUGGAGGACAGCAAUUCAUCCACUUGGACUGCGAGCAGCCCAAGGAAUUUGUUGAACCUUUUACCACAAAAUAUCGCACGGUCACUGUCCAGCUUUUUCUAAGUGAUGUUGAGAUGGGCGGAUAUGCUUCUUUUCCGGAUUUGAAAUUUGCCUUUAAACCUGCAAGUGGAUCGGCAUUGGUUUGGCACAGCACUGACAAUUUCGGGAAUUGUGACGUUCGAAGUUUACAUGCCAUCUGUCCGGUGCUUCUUGGAACGCAGUGGGUGGCCAGAAAAUGGAUCAGUGGGUCAGGCCAGUGGCGCAGGAAACCAUGUCGGAAGUAAAGGAAAAGCGGUUUUCCAUUCGGUUUUUUUUUCCACUUUUGCGAUAAUUUAUUCAAUAAUUUUGUCGUUAUUUAUAUUAUGAUAAUAAAUUUUAUGCACUAUUUUAUAGUAUUCA